UCAUAUGGACUUAUCUUCAAUGACAAGUAAAGGAAAGGAAAAGGAAGAUAUCUGACCAAUGCUGUCCUCUUUUCCUUUCGGUUUUCUCGGGCCAGCCCUCUUGUCUUUUAUCCUUUCCUUUUCUUCCUCAACGUCUCUUCCAUGGCACAUUAAGGAAACACGCAAAAGAAGGAUGAUGUAUCCUCGUUGUGGCACACAGAGGGUUAAAGAUCAACAAGCUGCCCUUGAUUAAUAACUUGGAAUAAUUAUCACAAGUAUAAAGCUUACUUCUACAUAUAUCAAGCAAAUAAAAAUAUGGCUUCCUCUUCUUCUCCUACUACUCCAUAUUUGAAGUUCGAUGUUUUCCUCAGUUUUAGAGGCACAGACACCCGCAAUAGUUUCACCAGUCAUCUUUAUGAUGCUUUGCAGCGAAACCAAAUUGAUGCUUACAUCGAUAAUAAACUUGGUGGAGGAGAAAAGAUCGAGCCUGCCCUCUUGGAAAGGAUUGAAGAGUCAUGUAUUUCGCUAGUCAUUUUCUCUGAAAAUUAUGCAGAUUCUACUUUCUGUUUGAGGGAACUCUCCAAGAUUCUUGAGUGCAUGGAGACCAGACAACAGAUGGUUUUACCAGUUUUUUACCGACUUGAUCCAAGCCAUGUUCAAAAUCUGACUGGGAGCUAUGGAGAUGCACUUUGCAAGCAUGAAAGAGAUUGUGGUUCUCAAGAAGUAGAGCGUUGGAGACGUGCUUCGAAAGAAAUAGCUAAUCUCAAGGGCUGGGAUUCAAACGUCAUUAAGGAUGAGACCAAGCUAAUUCAGGAAAUCGUUACUGACAUUCAAAAGAAAUUGAACCAUGAGCUGUCACCCUCAUUUGAUUCAAAACGCCUUGUUGGAAUGAAAUCACGCGUUGAAGACAUCGAAUCAUUACUAUCUUUUGGAUCAACCGGUGUGCUCAUUGUGGGAAUCUGGGGGAUGGGUGGUAUAGGUAAGUCCACAACGGCUGAAACUGUGUAUCGUCGAAACUGUAGUAAAUUUGAAGGCCAUUGCUGUUUCCAAGAUGUUAGGGAAGAAUCACGGAAGCAUGGAGUAGAUCAUGUGCGACAGGAAAUUCUUGGCAUGGUAUUAGAGAAGAAUGAUCUCAAAAUACACGGAAAAGUGCUACCCUCGGCCAUUAAGCGAAUGCUUCAAAGAAAAAAAGUCCUCAUAGUUCUUGAUGAUGUCAAUGAUCCACAAGAUCUAAAAUAUUUACUAGGAGAGGAUGGUUUGUUUGGCCAAGGAAGUAGAAUCAUUGUGACAAGUAGAGAUAGGCGAGUUCUUGAAAAUGCAUGUGAAGAAGAUAAAAUUUACGAGGUUAAAAUUUUAGAUGAAGACGAUGCACUUCAACUCUUCAGCUUACAUGCCUUUAAACAAGAUCGUCCCAUAGAAGGAUAUACCGGGCUAUCAAAAACUGUGGUAAGCUGUGUUAAGGGCAUUCCAUUAGUUCUCGAGGUUUUAGGUGGCAAUCUAUACAAUAAAAGGAGUGUUGAAUACUGGGAAAGUAAGGUGGCACAGCUAAGAACAAAUGGUGGCGAGGACAUUAAGAAACAUUUGGAAAUGUGUUAUCAUGAAUUAGAUCAGACAGAAAAGAAAAUAUUUCUUGAUAUAGCAUGUUUCUUUGGACGGUGCAAGAAGGAUUUUCUCCAACAAACACUAGAUCUUGAAGAAAGAAGUGGGAUAGAUCGUCUCGCUGAUAUGUGUCUCAUAAAAAUUGUUCAAGACAAGAUCAAGAUGCAUGAUGUGCUCCUAAAACUAGGGAAAAAAAUUGUCCUCCAAGAAAACGUUGACCCUAGAGAACGUAGCAGGUUGUGGGAGGCUGAUGAUAUCUAUCGUGUAUUAACAACUCAGGGGACUGGAUCAAAAGUGGAAAGCAUAUCCCUCAUCUUGGAUGCAACUAAAGAUCAAUUGACGUUAAGUCCUACAGCAUUUCAAGGGAUGUAUAAUUUAAGAUUGCUCAAAAUCUACUACCCACCUUUCUUAAAGGAUCCCUCAAAGGAGCAAAUUAUGAAUGGAAAGAGGGUCGGAAUCCACCUUCCACGAGGGCUUCACUUUCUUUCAAGUGAGCUAAGGUUUCUCUACUGGUAUAAUUACCCUUUGAAAUCCUUUCCAUCAAUUUUUUUCCCUGAGAAACUUGUUCAACUUGAAAUGCCUUGUAGCCAGCUUGAAGGCCAGCCACUUGAGCAGUUGAAAUGUCUUAAAUCACUCAAUCUUCAUGGUUGCUCAGGACUAGGAAGUUUACCACAUAGUAUUAGCAUGUUGAAAUCUCUUGACCAACUUGAUCUUAGUGGUUGCUCAAGACUAGCAAGUCUACCAAACAACAUUGGCGUGUUAAAAUCUCUAAAAUUACUUAAUCUUAGUGGUUGCUCAGGCCUAGCAAGUUUACCAAAUACCAUUGGUGUGUUGAAAUCUCUUGACCAGCUUGAUCUUAGUGGUUGCUCAAGACUAGCAAGUCUACCAGACGGUAUUGGCACAUUGAAAUCUCUUAAAUGGCUUAAUCUUAGUGGUUGCUCGGGACUAGCAAGUCUACCAGAUAAAAUUGGCGAGUUUAAAUCUCUGAAAUUACUUAAACUUCAUGGUUGCUCAGGACUAACAAGUUUACCGAACAACAUUGGUGAUUUGAAAUCUCUUACAUCGCUUAAUCUUAGUGGUUGCUCAGGACUAAAAAGUCUACCAAAUAGUAUUGAUCUGGCGGUCCAAAUAAUUGAAGAGAUCUGCAAUCGUAUCAAGACCGUUCAAAUUUCCGAUUCCAGCCCUACUCUCUCUUCGACCACAGUUGAAUCCGUAGAAGGUACGAAAUUCGAUACAGGAGAAACUAUUAAUUCGGAGGAGGAGAGCGUAUCUAAUAGAGUUCGACAAGUUUCCCCAUCUCAGGGGCCAACACUCCCCAUUUUGCAGAUUAUCAAUUUAAGUGAUAAAAUCCAGAAUUUGAAGAAAGAACACUCAAAUCUCUCUGAUCAAGUAAAGACUGCCAAGGAUUCCUUUCUUGGCCCCAAUAUUUUAGACACCCUUCAAAAACUCGGUAAUGAAUAUGAACUUCUUAAAAAGAAGUAUCUACAAGAGUUGUCUGAGAGGAAGAGGCUUUACAAUGAGGUGAUAGAGCUUAAAGGGAAUAUUAGGGUCUUCUGUAGAUGCAGACCACUAAAUAAAGUUGAAAUAACAAAUGGUUCGAACCAUGUAGUUGAAUUUGACUCUUCCCAAGAUAAUGAGUUGCAGAUCAUUUCCUCUGAUUCUUCCAAAAAGCAAUUUAAGUUCGACCAUGUUUUUGGGCCUGAGGAUAAUCAAGAGGCUGUUUUUGCGCAAACUAAACCAAUAGUCGCUUCAGUUUUGGAUGGCUACAAUGUCUGCAUAUUCGCCUAUGGACAAACAGGAACUGGAAAGACGUUUACUGUGGAAGGCAGCCCAGAAAAUAGGGGUGUGAACUACAGAACAUUGGAUGAGUUGUUCCGAGUUUCUCAAGAGAGAAGUGGCAUUACGAGAUAUGGUCUUUUUGUUAGUAUGAUGGAGGCUUACAAUGAGAAGAUAAGGGAUCUCUUGAUUGAUAGUUCCAACCAACCGCCUAAAAUGUUGGAGAUAAAACAAACAGCUGAAGGAACACAAGAAGUCCCAGGACUCGUUGAAACUCGGGUGACUGGCACAGAGGAUGUGGGGAAUUUACUCAAGUCUGGAAGUCGGGCCAAGUCUGUUGGAUCAACCAGCGCUAAUGAGCUUAGCAGCCGCUCUCAUUGUUUGUUGCGAGUAACAGUGAAAGGAGAGAAUUUAAUAGAUGGACAAAAGACAAGAAGUCACCUAUGGAUGGUCGAUUUGGCUGGUAGUGAACGUGUGGGAAAUAUUGAUGUUGAAGGUGGAAGAUUGAAGGAAUCGCAAUUCAUUAAUAAAUCUCUUUCAGCACUUGGUGAUGUUAUAUCUGCCCUCGCAUCCAAAACUGGCCACAUUCCUUACAGGAACUCAAAGCUAACCCAUAUGCUACAGAGCUCUCUCGGAGCAGAUUGUAAGGCCUUGAUGUUUGUCCAAAUAAGUCCAAGUGCUACUGACCUUGGAGAGACGCUUUGUUCACUAAAUUUUGCGAGUCGAGUGCGAGGAAUUGAAAGUGGUCCUGCCCGCAAACAGGCUGAUCUGACUGAACUUUUCAAAUACAAGCAAAUGGUGGAAAAGUUAAAGCAUGAUGAGAAGGAAACAAAGAAGUUGCAUGAUAGCUUGCAAUCAUUGAAGUUGAGGCUUGCUGCUAGAGAACAUAUCUGCAGUACUCUCCAAGAAAAGGUUCGAGAGCUUGAGAAUCAGUUGGGUGAGGAAAGAAAAACUAGACUAAAGCGGGAAACACGAGCCUUUGCCGCUGCCGCUUCUCAGUUUACGAAACAAGUAGUAGAGAAGAGAAAAGUAGAUUAGAACCCACCUCUGUGUCCUUCAAAGCUGAGGAUGCCGUUGCGAAAAAUCACCAAUUUCAUGCCUCCACCAUCUCCUCUACAAAAACAGAAAACUGUUUCUGUUUUAUCUUCAAUGAAUGACAAAGAAAACAAUCCAAGAACCACAACUGCAGGAGCAAAUACAAAAAGCCUUAUGAAACCCAGACGCAUGUCUGUUGCAGUCAGACCUCCUCCUCCAAUGUCAGCACAGGUUUUUCAGCCUAAGAGACGGGUAUCCAUUGCUACCUAUCGUUCAGAGCCAACCUUAAACAUGACUACACCACUUCAAACCUCGCGAUAUAAAAAUGGGAAUGUAGUUGCCAGAGUUCAGGACUGCAAGGAAUUCAAACUGUUCUCUCCAUUGCCAGAGUUCAGGACUGCAUCAGAGACUACACCUACUGUUAUGAGAACCAGUAGUAAAUUCAUGGGGAGUCCUCCAGCACAAGCAGGUUCUUGGAAGCCAAAGCACCCAACAGUUGUUGCACUGCAACGAAAAUCUCUGGUGUGGAGCCCGCUAAAGUUAAGGAGCUUUCAAAACUGGAGACCAUCUUUGUUGCCCUAUCGACCAUCAUCAACUAAUGAGGUGCAAUAAAACUUUAGUCUUCAUUGUCAUGAUAAAUAGUAGGUAGGAGUAUAUACUUCUUUUUCUUGAUUCCCAUCUUCCCAUUUUUCUUACAUGGAUAUUAAUCGCAAUUGUAUGCUACUUGCCUACUAAAAUUCAAUGUUCAGUGACAUUGUUCUACAUCAAA